AUGUCCGGUGGAUCGCUCAUUACAUUAAAGGAAGAAGAUGCUGGGGCUAGUGGAUCGGGCUCCAACAAUGCUGUUCAACACCAAACAAACCCGCAGCAAAAUGCUAGUUCUAACACAAUCGAAAGACAGAAUAGUGGCAAUUCAAGCAGUGGCGCAGGUUCAGCGCCUGCCGAGGGGAGCCGUCAAAAUAGUUUACAACGCAUCCAACAACGUAAACAAAAAGUUUUCAACUUGCCCGUGGCUCAAAAACUAGCCAAACUAUCUAUGUACUCAGCUUGUCAGGCCGAAGGUUGUCGUUGUACUGGAUGGAAGACACCACAAGAAAAUCGCCAUCGCGAUGUGGAAUCCUCGUACUGUCCGGAAUUCAGUGAAGAAUGUCGCAAUACAAGUUGCCGCCAUUCUUUACAAAGCCAUAUUUCUCAUCUAGAUGGGAUCUCGGCGGCUGAGAUGAACAACUUUUUGGGAGCAAUCAUUGAUAUGGAAAACUUAUUUAUGUCUAUGCAACGGGUAGAUGACGAGGAUACGAAGAAGGUAUAUUUGUACCUAUUCCGAUUGUUGCGGCAAUGUGUAAUUACGCGGCAACAGGCGGUAAUACGAGGUCCCUUGGGAGAUCCACCAUUUGAAUCGCCCUGCAUUGCAAAAGCUGUUUACUCGUUUGUCUUCUACAAAUACAACCAUUUGAGUCCAAAUGAAUUGCAGACUAUGACCGAAGUGGCUAAGACAUUUUUGAAUUUUCUUAAUCACUACAAUUUUGAACCACCUUCCAUGCGGAGGGCUGAUUUGAAGAAUGACGACGCUUCGACUUAUAAGAUCAACUAUACACGAUGGUUGGUUUUCUGUCACGUACCCGCCUUUUGUAAUUCUCUACGUCAUUUUGAGACGUCACUGGUAUUUGGUAGAACUCUGCUGAGGACAGUAUUUCAAUAUAUGGCUCAACAGCUUAAAAAGAAAUGCAUCUCGGAACGAGAUCGUUUUCCCGCCGACAAAAGAUCAAUCAUAACACAGAUGCCCAAAUUUUUGGAAGCUCUAAAAGCAGAACUUCUUAAAGAUGACUCUCCAAUAUGGGAUCAGUCGUAUAGGCCACCAACAGCUUUCCUUUUACAACAACGUAAAAGACAACAGGAUUCGACAACUGCAACGACCGGAAUAUCGAGUAGUAGUGCUACGAAGAAAGUCGGAACUGGGGAACCUGCCCACAAACGAGUAAAAAAAGAAAUUUCUGAACGUUCCAGUGGUGAUGUUUGUUAUGAAGAUCUUCCCGAUGAAGUAGUCAUUCGGGCAAUGAAAGCCGUCUCCGAAUCGAAAGCCAUCAACAAAACUGAAAUAUUAUUUCCCGUUAAUGUUUCACGCGAUGAAAAUGUAAAAGCCGAGGAACAAAAACGCGCUAUAGAAUUUCAUGUUGUGGGUAAUUCGCUAACGAAACCCGUGGAUAAACAAACAAUACUUUGGCUAUUGGGCCUACAAAGUGUUUUUGCCCAUCAAUUGCCUGAAAUGCCCCGAGAAUACAUAUCACAAUUGGUAUUCGAUACCAAACAUAAAACAUUGGCUCUAAUUAAAGAAAAUAUGCCAAUUGGAGGUAUCUGUUUUAGACCAUUUCCGACCCAGGGAUUUACGGAAAUCGUUUUUUGUGCCGUCACUAUGUCAGAACAAGUAAAAGGAUAUGGUACCCACUUGAUGAAUCAUUUGAAGGAUUACAGCAUUCAAAAGGGUAUAUUACAUUUGCUGACCUAUGCUGAUUGUGAUGCCAUUGGAUAUUUCAAGAAGCAGGGAUUUUCUAAAGAUAUAAAAUUAGCCCGACCCGUGUAUGCGGGGUACAUAAAGGAGUAUGACGGAGCAACAUUAAUGCACUGUGAGUUACAUCCCAGUAUUGUCAACACACAGUUUAUAUCGGUAAUUCGACGACAAAGUGAAAUAUUAAAAGAGCUGAUUGCCCAACGUCAUAAUGAUGUCCAGAAAGUUAGACCUGGUUUGACGUGUUUCAAAGAAGGUUUACCAUCAAUACCAGUAGAAUCUAUACCUGGAUUAAGAGAAAUCGGUUGGAAACCCCAAAUGCGUGCCCAUAGGACAGGUAGGCCACUUGAAGAGUCGUCGGAUCCGGAGAAAUUAGCUGCAUCCUUUGCCGCUGUCCUACAAUCAGUGCGACAUCAUGCAUCCGCAUGGCCAUUCCUAAAACCUGUUACUGUUGCCGAGGUUCCCGACUAUUAUGAUCACAUUAAAUAUCCCAUGGAUCUAAAGACAAUGGGAGAACGUUUAAAAAAGGGCUAUUAUGUAACAAGACGACUAUUUAUGGCCGAUAUGGCACGAAUUUUUUCCAAUUGUCGUUUCUAUAAUUCACCAGAAACCGAAUAUUACCGCUGUGCCAAUAACUUGGAACGUUAUUACCAGACUAAAAUGCGCGAAUUAGGUUUAUGGGAUAAAUGAUGUCGCGCCAUGUUGUCAACAAAUUUAGAGCCACCCAAUGACAAACCCGCAGACGAUGACGGAGACGGUAGAGCCUAUGACAUUUCUGAUGACAAUGACGAAGACAAAAAAACUCCAAAGGAUGAACGCAAUAUAACAAAUAUUGUAUCCAGCACUAGUAUUACCAACAA